GAAUGGUAUCACAUCAAUGGCUUCUUCCUACAAAAAAUACCAAAUCAGAGCUCGAAACCCUAACCCUAAAGCCUGCGUCUUGUUGGUAAUCGACAUGCAGAACUACUUUUCCGCCAUCGCCAAACCAAUCCUUCCAUCAAUCACCGCCACAAUCGACGCAUGUCGCCGUGCUUCCGUUCCGGUCAUCUUCACGCGCCACUGCCACAAGUCUCCUGCCGACUACGGCAUGCUCGGAGAGUGGUGGAACAACGAUCUGAUCAUGGACGGCACGCCGGAGUCGAUGCUGAUGGCGGAAUUGGGGCGGCGGGAGGAGGAGGUGGUGGUGGAGAAGAACACAUACAGCGCGUUUAGGGGAACGCAGCUGGAGGAACGACUGAGGGAUAUGGGAGUGGAGGAGGUGAUCGUAACGGGGGUGAUGACGAAUCUGUGUUGUGAAACGACGGCGAGGGAAGCGUUCGUGAGGGGGUUCAGGGUGUUUUUCUCGACGGAUGGUACGGCGACGUCAUCGGAGGAUUUGCAUCAGGCGACGUUGAAGAAUAUGGGUUAUGGGUUUGCUUAUCUGGUUGAUUGCAAGACCCUUUUGCAUGCCUUAAUUUCUUCGUAAAUUUUCCUUGGAUUAAUUGUUGUUUUAAUUCAGAUGAAUGAUGUGUUUUGUCGUUUUUAGUAAUAAUUGCGACUAUGAAAUAGCUUUUGAUAAUUGGCCCAUUCUGUGAUUAUAGUUGUUGUUGCAAUUCCU